AUGAAGGUCUCCAUCCCUCUCUUCUUCGUCCUCACCGACUUCGCUACCGUCCUCGCCGCUCCCUUCGGCGGAGAAUUCGCCCGUGAUGCAGCUGUCAUUGACAUCACCACUCGCGACGCUAAGGGAGGCAAUGUCUUCGCUCGUCAACCCUUCGGCGGAGAAUUCGCCCGCGAAACUCCUGUCACCAUCGACGCUCGCGAGCCUACCGGAGAAUUCGCCCGCGACGAACGCCAUCUCGCUGCAGCUUCGACUGAUCACGCGAAUGUGCUAGCCUGGGAUUGCAAGGCCUCGGCAUCGAGGCACUCUUGA